AUGAUGAGGAUCACAUUACUACUUUCUCUCUAUCUAUAUGUAUUACUGAUAUCUGUAUUCAAUUAUGUAAAUUCGGCGAUUGGAAGAUCGGUCGUAGUGGAUGUGCCUCAUGAACAUUGGAAGUUAUUAGCCAACGCAAAACCGAGACCAACUCAAAAUAUUUCAUUCAUUAUUGUCAUUAAAAAUAAUGAUGCACAAGUUUCAAAUUUAGAACGAAAGUUCCAACAAGUAAGCGAUCCAAGUCAUGCAGACUACGGUAACUUUUUCAGCUAUGAUGAAAUACAUCAAAAGUUACUCUAUAAAACAACAAAAAGUGGUGCAAUUGUUGCAAAAUGGUUACAAAAACAUGACAAACUUAGUAUCAGAUCGACUGCUCAUAAAGAGUUUCUGAUUGUUCAAUCACCAUUACCUGUUCAUAUAUUGCGUAUUCCGAAUGGACAACAAUCAAUCAAAGCGAAACAAUUUCAAUUACCAAGCAUUGUCUCUGACCAUAUUGAUUACAUUGAAGAAUUAUAUAGAUUUCCAAUUGUACUAAACAGGACUAUACCGAAACAUUCAUUAGCCGAUAAGACAGGAUCGAAUGCCCCUACCCUAAUAUCACUUAAUCCAACUGGAAAAAAAUUUGAAUUUUUUAUUCAGUUAACAUGUUCAGAUGGUAUAAGUGCAGGUUUUAGCGUAUGUUCAGAAUUUAGAGGCUACCACGUUACUUUUCAAACUGGCAGAACAACAGCAAACCAAACUGUAUCAUUAGAGAAGGCCAACUGUCAAGUAUGCAUUGGUUUGACCAGCAUUAUUAUUUUUUAUGAAUGUAUCUUGUAUCAUUUGAAUGCUGAGAGUGUGUUAUGUUAUUUCACUCUCACAUAUAAUAUUGGUAGAUAUCAGCUGACUAAAGUUUCUGUUCAGUCAAAAUUCGUAAAGAAUGGCCGGACAAGUUAUUCUGCUUCAGCCAGUCAACAAAUUGAAAAAGUAUCUGACGUAACACCAUCGCUUUUGUCAUCACUAUAUAAUGUCAGCACGAGUACACUCAAACAGAAACGUCAUCCUAAGAGUAGACAAGCGGUUGUUGGGUUUUCAGAAUAUUACAAUAUUAAAUCGUUCAAAGCAUUUGCGAAAACCUUUGGGAAAAACUUCAAUUUAAAAAUAGGUAAAGUGUAUGGAAUUGAUUAUAAGAAUAAAUCGUAUGAUGAAACUGAAACAGCGUUGGACAUGGAAUAUAUGGCAGCAAUGGGUUCUGGUAUCGUAACAGAUUAUAUUUCAAACAACAUUCACAAUAUUGGUUACGCAAAAUUUUUCGCUACAUUAGCGACAUUGGAGUCAAAUAAGCAAAAUGUUGUUCCACUCGUUUAUUCCAUAAGUUAUGGUGGAAGCGAAAGAACAUAUAAAUCAGAAGCUGUUCGUAUGAUUGAUAUACACUUUAUGAAAAUGGGGGUCUCCGGAAAGACGGUUUUCGCUAGUUCAGGCGACAGUGGAGUAUGGUCUAGCGCUGGUAAUUGUGGAAACCGUUUUGACCCGGUAUAUACGAGUGCGUCACCUUAUGUCACAAGUGUUGGUGGCACACAGUUAGUUCACGGUAUUAAUGGUAAUUGUCGAUACAUACCACAAGAACGGGGCAUAUGUCUUGAAGAAGUCGCUGCUUACCAAAGUAAUUUAACGCAAUGUGUUAUAACAUCUGGUGGUGGAUUUUCGGAAUAUCAUUCAACGCCAACCUGGCAAAAGACGUUCGUUCAGCAUUAUUUGACUUCAGCCGGUAAACGUCUACCACCCUCAACAUAUUUUAACAAAAGCAAUCGUGCAUACCCUGAUAUUAGUCUACUUGCACAUAAUUACAAAACGAAAGAGAAUAACGCUAAUGAUAUUGUAGAUGGUACAUCAGCCAGCUGUCCGGCCAUUGCUGGUUUAUUCAGCUUAAUUAAUGAUAAGCGAUUGAAACUCGGUAUGAAGCCAUUAGGUUUCUUAAAUCCUUUACUUUAUCAAUUAGCAGCAACAAAUCCGGAGGUAUACCACGAUAUUGUUAGAGGCAAAAACAAUUGUAAUGCUUUGGAAGAUCACCUUCUCGAUGAUAUCUCAGAAUUAAAACAAUUAAUUGAAACUAUAGAAAACAAUAUGGAACCGUUAGGCUAUCACUUGAGAUCAAAGAAAGUAUUACAGAGGAAAAAGUGAGAAAAUUAGAUGUGGGCAAAAUCAGAAAUGAUACUUAAUGAAUUGUUAUUAGAAUCAUUCAAUAUAUAAAAGCAGACUUUCUUUUUUUAACAUAUUUGAGGGGAUUCCCCCACACGUUUUUUUUACCAGUUUAUAGGGGACACUUCGGAGUCUACGUCUCCACAAAGCUUUCAGUUCCCGGAUUUGUAGUUUUUGAUAAAAAAAAGUUUUAAGCUUUUUUCGGGUUUUCUGCCCUAUUUUUAAAAUUAAAAUAAAAAACUUCAGCUUUUGAUAUGAGGAGUUGAUUCUGGCG